AUGUUGGGCCACCAUUACCCGAAUGCUGACAAGUCGCAGCAACUGGCCAGCUACGUGGAGGAUUAUCUGGAAUGCGUGGAAUCCCUGCCUUUGGAUAUACAAAGAAAUGUUUCUGUGCUGCGGGAAAUCGACGCCAAGUAUCAAGAAGUUCUGAAGGAGGUGGAUGAAGUCUUUGAGAAGUACAAGGCUGAGCGGGAUGGCGCUCAGAGAAAGCGCCUGCAAGUCCAGCUGCAACGGGCACUCAUCGUCAGCCAGGAGCUGGGCGACGAGAAAAUCCACGUGGUGACCCAGAUGACCGAGCUGGUGGAGAACCGCUCGCGCCAGAUGGAGUCCCACUCCCUGUGCCUCCAGGAGCCCUGCGAUCCCGAGCGUAUGGUGACGGAGAGACGCGCCAACGUCCAGGAGCCCCCAGUGGCCGCCGCCGCCGCCCCAACUGCCGCCACCGCCGCCGCCGUCGAACGCGCCUCGGCCCGCCGGCCGAGACGGCAGCGUAACAGCGAGAGCCGAGACUCCAGCCACCCGUCGGCCAACGGUUCCGUGGCGGACGACGCUGCCGAUGAGCCGUCCGUCCCGCUUCCCAGGGAGAAGAAGUCCAAGUCGGCCAAGAAAAAGAAGCGCAAGUCCAAGCAGGAGCGGGACGCUUCGCCGGUGGAUUUCGCCAUCGACCCCAACGAGCCCACCUACUGCUUGUGUGAGCAGGUGUCUUACGGCGAGAUGAUCGGCUGCGACAACGAGCAGUGCCCCAUCGAGUGGUUCCACUUCUCCUGCGUGGGGCUGACCUACAAACCUAAGGGCAAGUGGUACUGUCCUAAAUGUAGGGGGGACAAUGAAAAGACUAUGGACAAAAGUCUGGACAAGAACAGAAAAGACCGCCGGUCCAGGUAGUGACCCACCAGGAAAUCUAUCAGAGUCCAACGUGAAGAGCACAAUCGAAGAGACUUCUUACUCACCUAGUGAGAAGUUUCUUUAUUUUUGACGUGUCAAAAUAAAUACAACUCAAGCA